UUGCACAUGCGCACAGGAGUCCAGCGGAGCGCUUAAAUACUGUCAUGCGGCCACCAGCGGCCUUUUCCCCUGCCGCCGCCAACUUGCGCGGAGGCGGAAGCUCGGGUGCGUUCAAGAUUCGGCGUCACCCGUAAUCCACCGCCAUGGCCGAGGAAGGCAUAGCUGCUGGAGGUGUAAUGGACGUCAACACUGCUCUACAAGAGGUGCUGAAGACUGCCCUCAUCCACGAUGGCCUAGCACGUGGCAUACGCGAAGCUGCCAAAGCCUUAGACAAGCGCCAAGCCCAUCUCUGUGUGCUCGCAUCCAACUGUGAUGAGCCCAUGUAUGUCAAGCUGGUGGAGGCACUGUGUGCCGAGCACCAGAUCAACCUGAUAAAGGUUGAUGACAACAAGAAACUAGGGGAAUGGGUAGGCCUCUGUAAGAUUGAUCGAGAGGGGAAACCACGGAAGGUGGUUGGUUGCAGCUGCGUAGUGGUUAAGGACUAUGGCAAAGAAUCUCAGGCCAAGGAUGUCAUCGAGGAAUACUUCAAAUGCAAGAAAUAAAUAAAAUUUUGGCUCAUUUUU